ACUGUAACGCCGUUACUUUUGUAACGCGUUACACACAACACUGGAUAGUGGUCGUGCCUUUUUCCAUGUGCCUCUGCUGGGGGGAGUGUGUGCCCCUCCAGCAGGGAGAGAGCAGCUAUUUUGAAAGUGACCCCUCAUUCAGUCAGCGACUGUGCAGCUGUCAGGAACCAUGACUGAAGAUGACGGAUUCUGUUGUCGUGGAGGGAUAUGCCAGACUCAGAGAUGGAAAAAAGUGGAAAACUAGGUGGGUCGUUCUUCGCAAGCCGUCGCCUGUAGCAGACUGCCUAGUGCUGCUGGUUUUUAAAGACAAAUCUGACAAAGCUCAGGGCAACAAGGAGAGGGCCAGUGUCACCUUGGAGGAGAUCUGCGGAGUGGAAACGGGACAGUGGUUUGAAGGAGUGGCGUUCACUCUCACCAUCCUCUGCCUCAACCAGACUGCUCUUCUGGGCUUCGACAGCAAAGAGGCCCUGCAGGCGUGGGACGCCCGCCUACGAUACAGCCUCGGAGAAGUUCACAGAUUCAGUGUUGGAGUCUUACCGGGGACCAAGCUGGAGAGUGGGCCUGCGACUCUUCAUCUGUGCAACAACCUGCUGGCUUUAGCCCGGGACGUCCCGCCUGCUAUCAUCGGACACUGGAACCUCCCAGACCUGCGCAGAUAUGGACCCGUACCCAACGGAUUUGUGUUCGAGGGAGGGACAAGAUGUGGUUACUGGGCCGGUGUGUUUCUGCUCUCGUCUGCUGAGAGCGAGCAGAUCAGCUUUCUAUUCGACUGCAUCGUCAGAGGCAUCUCCCCCACCAGGGGCCCGUUUGGACUGCGGCCCGUCCUGCCAGACCCCAGUGGCAGUCAGACGAAUUCGGAGGAGAAGUUGAACCAUGACGCCCAGGAGCUGGAGAAACGACUGAGCAUGCUCUCUCACCGGAGCAGCACAGUGUCGUACUGUGCGUCUGCCGGGGGGGACGACCGCAGCAUGUCCGGCUCCUCGGACGCUUCAGACACCAGCCAAUCAGAGAGCAGCAUGAGCAGCCGGAUGGCCAUUUGGACUGAGCCGUCCUCCAACCCAUCUGAAAGCGUCGGCCAUGUUGGAGCUAAACUGGCGUUACAGAGCAUGGAGAAGCUCUCCGUCACCCAGGGGGGGGUGACCCGGCCCGCCCCCAAGACCCCCCGGCCGCUCCAGGAGAUCGGCCGUCAGAGCUCCUCUGACAGCGGCAUCGCCACCGGCAGCCACUCCUCCUACUCGGGGAGCUUCUCCUCCUACACAGGCAGCCUGGACCUCCCCCCCGGGGAGGACUUCGGCUCUGUGUUCAGCCUGCCCCCCCACUUGGCUCAAGACCUGAGCCCCUGUACUUGCUCCGCUGCACCUGCACAUGAAUACCGAACACCUUCAUCACUGAGGUAUCUGUACGACAGCCCCAGGAGUGUGCUACAGGAGGGGGGUGGGGGGGCCACGGCCAGAGACAAUGAACCCUCCAUGCUAAUUAAGGACGCUACUGCCUCGCCAGGCCCAACAACAGACUCAGCACAGGGGGAUCAAAGCAGCGCCAAGACCCCCGAGGGUCACUCAGAAAACACUGACACACAGUCAACAAAUGUACAACUAGACGGCCCCUCAGAGGAGAGCAAGAAAACCAAGGUGACGCCCUCUAGUGACACAUCGGUCCCCAAAACCAUUGUGACCAUCUGCUCCGUUUGUGGUGGAUUUAAGGGAACGCCGUACAUCCCAGUUAGCGGUUCAGCAGCGCCUGCCAUACCAGACAAAAGGCUUAAUAGCAAAGAGGAGCGACGCAGAGCUGAUCCUGCUUAUGAGAUCAUGGAGAGGAACGCUGAGGCAGAAGAGAAAAGCAAGUACGAGCUGAUGGGCAGCUACAGUCAGCAGAGGCUGCUGCAGGAGACUGAAGGUGCCGUGUUAGUGUUCCCCGCCGAGGCGGCGCUUCCUGAAAGGCCUCGCAGUGAAGGUGUGACAUAUGUGAAUAUUCCUGUUAGUCCUACAUCCAAGAAGCAGCUCAACUACAUGGAGCUGGAGCUGCUCGAGCCGGGCACCCGAGGGACCGUCGCACACCACCCCCCUCACAGAAAGAGCUCCAGCAAGUACGCUCAGAUCGACAUCACGGCCACAGAGACGGCUCACAGGGUGGGGGUGCAGCACGCUCUGGGCCGGGAGGAGGGUCUGCUCACUCUGGAGCUCCGGAGGAAGGGGACCCCUCACUGAGGUCUCCAUCACUCAGCUGAGGGUCCCAGCAGGAGACCAGCAUCCCACAUCACACUGUAAAGACUGCAGGAAGAAUCUCUGUGUGCAGCCGAGAUCCUCAGAGGUUUACUGUGGAAAUGUACUCUGUGUUUCAUCCACUCCUCACAUAAUGUACACGGUCCAUUUCCCUACAAUCAGCCGUCACAACACAAGGAGCAACUUUUCAAUAUGUCCUCUUUGUGGCCUCAGCAUCUCAUUGGACGGCAUUAUGAUGCUCCCGGAGCCUCGGGGGGGGAGAUGUGCCUUAUAAGCUGAGUCACCAGCCCCCAUAAUUCCUAGCGCACUCAGGACAUCCCUAAUAACACGCUGGUUUUGUCUGCAUUUGUUAGAAGGCGGCAGGGUGGUGUAAGUUAACCCAGAUCACAUAUUCGUGCAUCUGCAUAACACAUUGUGCACGGUGACUUUUUACUGCUGCCUGGGUGCAAACAACCGAUUAGUGUUUUUAUCAUAAGAACAGAAUCUCAAUGCUGCGGUUUCUCCGUGCUUCACACUUCAUAUGGAGUAGGACUUACUCUGGAAACGAGAGGCCGGUGGAAUCCCUUUACUACAGAUGCAUCCCAGAACACAUUCUGUCUCUCACUGCCAUUAUCUGUCAAAGUUAUAACUCAUUUGAUGUAUUUUGAAAUAACUUUUUUUUACUCACUUAUGUGGUUUUACAUCAUAUUAUUAUUAUUCCUACUUUUGUGUGUGCACAUAGGCAUUUUGCUGAAAGAAAAAAAAGCUAUAUAGAAAGUGUUUUGUAGAUUUAUGUUAGUCUUCUCUGAUGACACGCUGUUUUGAUAUCUGUAAAUACAUCUUUCUAUUUUGGUGAUGUGGAUUGUCAUAAGAUAUACAUGUAAAGACAUAAUGUACAGAAAAGAGUUCAAGGACAGUGCCUUCCUCUUGAGGUGCUAUAUCUUUCUUAGAAUACUAUUUUUCUUGUAUAUUAUUUAUAUCAAACUGCUUUGAUGUGAGCAUUCAGUUUUCCCCCCCAUGUACAGUUGGAAACAAUAUGAUAAAAGGCAGCCUAUAAACUG